UUGGGGAAAAAAGAGAGUAAAAUAGAACAGAAUAGAAUAGAAUAUGUGUUAAUUGUAAAAUGUGGUAAUUGUGUUAAUUAAUGUACAAAUUUAAUCAAGUCGAGACGGACAUAAAAUAAGAAAAUGACGACAAUAGCAAAAAUACCAAAAAAUUGGGGAAAAAAAUAGAAUGCAGUAGAAUAGAAUAGAAUAGAAUAGAAUAGAAGUUAAAUGUAAAAUGUGGUAAUUGUGAUGAUUAACGUACAAAUUUAAUCAAGUCGAGACAGACAUAAAAUAAGAAAAUGACUACAGUAGCAAAAAUACCAAAAAAUUGGGAAAAAAAUAGAAUAGAAUAGAAUAGAAUAGAAUAGAAUAGAAUAUAUGAUAAUUGUAAAAUGUGGUAACUGUGAUGAUUAAUGUACAAAUUUAAUCAAAUCAAGAUGGACAUAAAAUAAGAAAAUGACUACAGUAGAAAAAAUACCAAAAAAUUGGGGAAAAAAAUAGAAUAGAGUAUAUGUUAAAUGUGGUAAUUGUGAUGAUUAACGUACAAAUUUAAUCAAGUCGAGACGGACAUAAAAUAAGAAAAUGACUACAGUAGCAAAAAUACCAAAAAAUUGGGAAAAAACAUAGAAUACAGUGGAAUAGAAUAGAAUAGAAGUUAAAUGUAAAAUGUGGUAAUUGUGAUGAUUAAUGUACAAAUUCAAUCAAGUCAAGACAGACACAAAAUAAGAAAAUGUAAAAAAACAAACAAACAAACAAAAAAAAAACUGACGUAGCUAGGAUAGUUACUAAACACUUAGCAGAUAUUUGCUAUCAAAAUAUAUUGCCUGAAAAAAUGAUUCUGAAAUAUUUUAUAUAUUGCAAUCGUAUUUUAAGAUACAUUAUAUCUGUGGAACUGAAAAAGACCAAUGCACAUAAAAAGCUUAAAACACCAAUUGUGUAUUUACUCAUUACAUUGUGGUGUCAAUGCUCUUAAACUUAGCUUAACACUUAGCUUAGCCUGAAACCUCUCCGUGUGUGCCAUGGGUUUUAAUAUAAAUAUUUAUAAAUGCUGUUGUAUUUAAAAAUAUGUCUCAUAAGAACAAGUAAAACAAAGUUGACACUGUGUUCACCCUUUAUUUGCCAUGAUUGUGAAGAGCUGUGGUGAUAAAAUGAUGACUAACAUAAAUAUAAUCGUUGCUAACUACAUGUAAAUUGAGCUAACGCUGUUCUUUUUGUCUUUUGUCUCAUUUCAGAGUCCCUGGGCUAUCACGUUGGAUUUUUUCACUAACAGUCACUUUUAUUAUUGUUUUGUGGCGUUUCAGACUAGCAUUAGCACUCAGGUUUGAUUUUCUAAAGCUAACUGCCCCCAGUGGGAAUUAAUAAAUAACAAGUUUUAAUGCUAAUCUGAGUUUAUCAUUAGCUUUGAGUGCAUCACCUAGCUAGCGACUCGGCAUUAGCAUUAGUGUUUAGCUAACAUUGACUAGCGGGCGUUAGCUGCCAGAAUGGAGCGCAGUAGCUGGAGUGGCAGUGAGAGUCCAGGGGAGGACAUGGACAGACUGAGUGACUCCGGGGGAGACAAGACCAUGGACGGGGACCCUGAGGGGGUCUGGAGCCCGGACAUAGAGCAGAGCUUCCAGGAGGCUCUGGCCAUCUACCCACCAUGUGGAAGGAGGAAGAUUAUACUGUCAGACGAAGGCAAGAUGUACGGUCGAAACGAGCUGAUAGCGAGAUACAUCAAGCUCCGAACAGGCAAGACGCGAACAAGGAAACAGGUAUCCAGUCACAUCCAGGUUUUAGCCAGAAGAAAAUCCCGGGAGUUUCAGUCCAAACUAAAGGACCAGAACGCCAAGGAGAAAGCUCUGCAGAGCAUCUCGUCCAUGUCGUCGGCUCAGAUCGUCUCCGCCACCGCCAUACACAGCAAACUGCUGCCCGGGAUCGUACGGGCCAGUUUCCCCGGCAACACACAGCUGUGGCAGGGGAUGAUUCCUGGAGGCCAGUCCAGCUCCACCACAGAAGAUAUCAAGCCGUUCUCUCAGCAGGCGUACUCUGUGCAGACAGCAGGAACCACCACAAUCUCAGCCUACGAGCCUCCCAGUGCAGCCCAAACACACCGAGAGCCAGCGUGGCAGGGCCGCUCCAUCAGCACCACCAAACUACGACUGGUGGAGUUUUCAUCUUUCCUGGAGACGCCGAGCGAACAGGACACAUACAACAAGCACCUGUUUGUCCACAUCAGCCAGAACAGCCCGAGCUACAGCGACCCUCUGUUGGAGUGUGUGGACAUCAGGCAGAUCUACGACAAGUUCCCUGAGAAGAAAGGAGGCCUCAAGGAGCUGUUUGGAAAAGGCCCGCAGAACGCCUUCUACCUGAUCAAGUUCUGGGCGGACCUGAAUUACUCGGUGUCGGAGGACCAUUCGACCUUCUACGGCGUCACCAGCCAAUACGAGAGCUCGGAGAACAUGACCAUCACGUGUUCCACCAAAGUCUGCUCCUUCGGCAAACAGGUGGUGGAGAAGGUGGAGACGGAAUACGCCAGGUUCGAAAACGGACGCUUCGUCUACAGAAUCAGCCGCUCGCCCAUGUGUGAAUACAUGAUCAACUUCAUCCACAAGCUCAAACACCUGCCGGAGAAGUACAUGAUGAACAGUGUGUUGGAGAACUUCACUAUCCUGCUGGUGGUCAGUAACAGAGACACUCAGGAGACCCUGCUGUGUAUGGCGUGUGUUUUCGAAGUGUCCAACAACGAACACGGAGCGCAGCACCACAUCUACCGACUGGUCAAGGAAUAACACACACAGCCCUGAGCGCACACACACACACACACACACACACACACACACACACCUUCAGUUUAUGGCCUUUACUCUGUGAUUCGUGGUGACGUUGGAGGUUAAAAAACAAACACGUCUUUCAGCCAAAUUUAACUUUCAAACAGCUGCGUUUUCACUGCCGCUGCAACAAUAAGAACAGUGACAUCACAUCUGGGAGGAGUUUACAAUACAGUGAAUGAGCAGCAGUGACAGUGCAGCUGUAGAAACAGUAUGUGGACAAAAGUAUGUGGACACGUUGAAUUCAGGUGUUUGUUUUCUAACAGGGGUCUGGGAUACAAAACACUAAUGUCAGAAUAUAGUUUUAU